AUGCACGUCGUCUGUGCAGAUCCGCAUACAAGGGCCCAGAUAGCAGAUCGCCUCUGCCUGGCCGAUGCGGAGAAUUCAGCAAUUUCAGUAGCAGGCUCGGCCAACUCGGUGCAUCAGUUUUUCGGCACGCCAGAUACCCCUGAUAAUGUCGUGGUAGCGAUCGAAGAUAUUGGAGAGAACAAUCUGAAAUACGCGUUGCGGUAUAUGCUGGCUAAUGCAGAAAAACCAAUCAAACUGGCGAUAGUGAUGGAAAUGUGGGACGAGGUAAUUCGAACCGAAUACAGACGGGCUGAGAAUAACAACUUGACCGAGAUUGACAAAACCAGGACGUUCCCCGAUUCCGCUUGGAAGUCGGAUCGUCUGCGGGAGUUGGAGAAAUGGAGAACGAUCCCUUCAAUUCAGUACGCAACGUUCCAAAAUGGCUCCAAUUUGGAGUCCCAGCUCAAGAAAUAUUUCGCUGAAACGACGGUUCAGCAGGGCGACGAUAGGAAUGUUGCGCAGAAGCCACCGCUGCUCCACUGGACGGCCAUCCCUUUGGAAGAAGAACUCCAGCUCAUUUUGCGAUUCAGUUUUUCCUUAUACGGGCCCCCAAUGAGUGUCCUUCGGGCAGCAGCCGAUGCCUCAAAAAGUGCCUUCGUCACGAAUUAUCACUGGACACAUGGGAUCUUUAUGAACUGCGAGCCUGUGCGGGUCCACUUGCAACUAUUGACACCUCAACGGCUGGAGAUCGCUGCCCGGGUUGCUGUUGAUGAGUUGGAAGGGGAGGACGCCGAGGACCCGCUUCGAAGUGUCUGGCCCUACUUGUCGAUGGUUACGAGGAAUGUUCGAGAAGAAUUGAGGCGACAUCCACAUAUCCAGUACUCCAUCGAACUGAUCCCCUUCGGCAGCUCUUUAUUCAUCCCUCCAAUUGAUUGCCGAGUCUUUGACCUGACACUUUUCAUGAGCACACUACAAAAAUUCGGCAAAGUCGGCUUCCGGCUCGGGUCGAUCAUCCAUGAGGUCGAGGUGAAGACGCUGUUUCCAGAAUACGUUCCCUCAAACCUGCACGAGCUCUGCUCUCAGACGCCACCUUCGCCUAAUCACUUUGAAAAGCUGAAUGGCGGGAUGUCGGCACAGAUCCCGGAAAAGCAGGUCCGCAGCUUCAGCAUAGCCGGGAUGGGCUCCUUCCCGUCGGGGAAAGUUUCCUCGCCAACGACAAAUUCCUGGCUGCGCCGCGUAAUCGUGGACGGCGCGUGUCAUUUGGGACGAUUCUGUGUGAGGGAGAAGCGGUGCGGAUCGAUGAUCAGGCCGACGCCCGAUUCUGAGGGCCCCACAACUCUAGGAGAAGCUGUGAAA